AUGGGUUUAGCAGCGCCUCGAAAAAAAACAAAGAUUUCCCAUGACCCCAACAACACGAAUUGGACCCGAUCGACCAGUGGUUUUGGACAUAAAAUUCUCAGCGCCCACGGCUGGACUCCAGGCAGUUUUCUAGGUGCACGUAAUGCCGCACACGCUCAUCUGUUCACCGCCGCAAGUGCAUCCCAUAUACGAGUCGCGCUAAAGGAUGAUACACUUGGCCUUGGAGCAAGGCCUAGAAGAGAUCCUCUAGAUGAACCCACCGGUCUUGAUGCCUUUAAGGGGCUUCUAGGCCGCCUUAAUGGAAAAUCAGAUGCGGAUUUAGCAGCUGAUCAGCGAAAGAGCGACGAUGCCAAGCUAGCCCGGUAUGCUGUCACGAAGUGGAAAAAUGUCCAGUUUAUUAGCGGUGGCUUGCUAUCACAAGAGAAGAACGAUGAUUUCGUUGUUCCAGAGCUGCAGCCAACGCAGACAGAUCCUCAAGUGACCGGUUUGAAUACUGGCACACGAAAAGUAUCAAUAGAUAGGAAUUGUUCUGAAAGCGGUAUCAAAAUGCAGAAUACAGAGCGGAAGGACACACAAGAUCUUAAUUCCGAUCGAAACUCCCCUCUACCCGAGAACCAGCAAUGCAAGAAGGACAAAAAGGACAAGAAGGACAAGAAGGACAAGAAAGAUCAGAAAGGCCAGAAAGACCGAAAGGUCAAAAAGGAUAAGAAAAGGAAACGCAAGGAACAGGAUAGGGGUGAUGAUGAUUCCGAAACUGGUUGCCAAAACAGAACCAAUCCCGACCUGGUGGCUACAAAUGAUGGUAGCGACACGCUCCUACGAAGUGCCAAAUCAUCAAGAGAGCGUCGUCCAAUGGGCCGGCAUAUGUUUAGAGCUCGACACAUUGAGCAAAAGAAGAAAGCCCUGAUGGAUGAUAGAUCUCUAAAUGAGGUAAUUUAUGCCUCCCCUUUCUGUUGA